UGAGAAAAGAAAAAUGGCGAGGAGGAUAGGGAGGAGUAGGAGAGGGGUUCAUCAACAAAUAUUACAGCCACUUAUCUCAUGUCAUACGAAAUACCCGAGUGUAUCGGGAGAUGUGAUAACCAGUGGUAUUUAGGUUCAGUCUCAGCCCGUAAUUUUGAAGUUGGAAAAAAUCCUCAUUACCUAGGUAAUUGCUCCUCUUAUAUUUCCUUUUAAACUUGAGCGUAUCUCUUUGGAGACUCGGGGCAAACUCCAGGCGAUAACAUUUUGCAUCGGUUAUACUUAUCACUUCCACUUCCACUCACUCUCACAAUGAGCAACAUCGAUGACACACCUGUCGCGUUCGUCAGGGGCUGGAUCCGGCAACAAACUAGAUUACACCUUCCACCUACUUGGAACGGCGGCUGGGAACGAUGGGCCCAGGGACAGAUCGCACUAUUCAUGGAAGGUCGUGAUGGGUACCAAGUCUGGACGGAACAAAACAUCUACCUCGACUACCCAGCUUACGCUGUUGACCUUGAGUUUCGGAAACCCGUUGGAGUGAACGGAGUUCGCAAAUUCCUCGAACUGAAGUGCUACAGCGAGGUCAAUAAUGACACGGCGAAUCAAUUUAUCACUCGGGUGUUGCAGGACUUCGACAAGGUCAGCCAGCUAAGGCUUACGUCUAACGUGCCGGGUGAGCCUAAUGCGAAGGGGUCGACGCUGUGGGUUAUUGGGAUUUCUCAGCAGCAGUUUAGGGAGAGUAUACAGAACGCUGGGAAUAGCAAUAUCAAUUGGAUGCGCUUUAAGCGGGUGGAGGCUGUGAGCUCUGGUGGUAGUGGUGGUCGGGGAACGUUUGAUAUUUGGUAUUGGAGUUACGUCAACAACAGGUAAUUAGCGAGGACACCAAUGGAUGGCAGAGACGCAGAGUAUUGUCGUUCUAAGCUGUCGUGGUGAGAUUGUCCGUCAUGUGGUGGCUGUGGUAGCAAGCAAUGAGACUGAUCCGGAAAAGGGGGUUAUCAGCUACGAUCGUUCGAAUUUAAUGCUCUCGCGUCAGAAAUGAAAGUUGAUAUUUACCGUUUAAAUAAAAGCAAUACCAAUGGAAUAAUUAAAUGAG